ACAACCGCACAAAACGACCAACGUUCUCUUCUUUUCUUCCCUCUGUUCUCUCAUCUCCCGAUUUCCUUCUUCCCAAACACAAACCCGAACAAGAAAAGAAGCAGCAACUCCUUGGCUUGGUUGAGAUGAGGGCUUUAGCAAGAUUGAUCGGACGAAGUCUCUCAUCUCAGAAAAGAUUCCACCUUUCUGAGCAACCCAACACCUUCCGGUACCUCUCUCGCCGAACCUAUUUCCCAUCCACGACGUCGUUUUCGGGUCGCCCUAUCUCCCCCUCUUCGUCUCCUUUCGCUUCUACCAAAUGGGGCCUUCUCUCAGGGCAGAAGAGAAGCAUGUUUAUACAAACACAGUCGACACCCAAUCCUGCAUCGCUUAUGUUUUACCCUGAUAAGCCUGUUAUGGAAGUUGGCAGUGCUGACUUUCCGAAUCCUCGGUCCGCUAUGAACUCCCCACUGGCCAAAGCCCUUUAUGGAAUUGAUGGUGUCACUCGAGUGUUUUUUGGAUCAGAUUUUGUCACUGUAACUAAAUCAGAAGAUACUUCAUGGGAUAUUUUGAAGCCAGAAAUCUUUGCAGCAAUCAUGGACUUUUAUUCUUCUGGGGAGCCACUCUUUCUCGACUCAAAAGCUGGGGCAGCAAAGGACACAGCUAUUCAUGAGGAUGAUUCAGAAGUCGUUGCCAUGAUCAAAGAAUUAUUGGAGACUCGCAUUAGACCAGCAGUGCAAGAUGAUGGUGGAGAUAUUGAGUAUAGGGGAUUUGAUCCAGAGACUGGAAUAGUUAAACUGAGCAUGCAAGGAGCGUGUAGUGGUUGCCCAAGCUCAUCAGUCACCCUGAAAUCUGGCAUUGAGAACAUGCUCAUGCAUUAUGUACCUGAGGUCAAAGGUGUGGAGCAAGAACAUGAUGAAGAAGAAGAUGCAGCACUAACAGGACAUGUAGAGUAGAGAUUUAUUUUUUUGUUCAAAGCAGGCAUAACUUAAAGAUAGAAUGGUGAGCUCACGAGAGAUUGGUAGCAUUCUUGUACAGUAGCAAAUAAAGUUGUAUUUUAUUUAUUGAUUGGUCAUGGGAGUUACUGAAUAGUAAGAAUCUAGAGCUUUGAGUUGUAUAACGCGAAAUUCGACUGGUUUACUUGGUCAAUCAAAAUUUCCUUGUUC